GCCUGGUGUCAAAGUUUAGGGUGUUCUUGAAUGACCUUUAUACCAAUUAUUUCAAUGACAUUUUUAUGACGUUGCCGGAUUUCUAAAACAGACUGAAAGAAGAGAAAGGGCUUGGACUCGGAUCCUGCUUCAAAUCGGGUGUUCCGGGCUCUUUCUACGGCAGAUUGUUCCUUGCCAACAGCCUGCAUUUCGUGCAUUUUUCUUCCAGUCUUCACUGGCUCUCACAGGCUCCAGCCGGCCUGGAGAGCGAUGAUCUCAAAUAUGUGAACAAGGGAAAGCUGUAUAUUUCAAAGAGCAGCCCCCAGUGUGUGAUGGAUGCCUACUCGUUGCAAUUCAAAAAAGACUUUUCACUCUUCAUAAAAUCACGUUCCCAAGAAAUAGUUCCCGGCGGCCGCAUGUACCUUUCCUUCUUGGGCCAGAGAUCCGCGGAUAACACGACUGAAGAAAGCUGCUACUCCUUGGAGCUGUUAACCGAAGCAAUCAUGAGUCUGGCUAGAGAGGGUCGAAUUGAGGAAGAAAAAGUCGAUUCUUUCAAUGCCGCAUACUAUGGUCCAUGCGCCGAGGAGAUGAAGGAGGAGAUACAAACAGAAGGGCCUUUCACAAUUGAUCGACUUGAAGAUUUUGAAAUUGACUGGGACAGUAAUGUUGUCGCCGACAUCCAUACGCCUCAAGGGAAGCUGUUGAUCGGACAAGGAGUGGCCAAAAACAUCAGAUCGGUUGUCGAAUCCGUGCUGGAAUCUCACUUUGGAAUCCAGCCAGAUGUAAUGGAUGAUCUGUUCAUUUGGUUUGCAGAUAUCGUUGGGACUCACUUGUCCAAGUCCAGAACCAAGUACAUCUAUACGGUGAUGGUCCUUACUAGGAAGGGGUAAUUU